AGAAAAAGAAAAGAUUUGGGCACCAACACAAAAAAUGGACCACCUUCAAUGGAAAAUGAUUGUUCUACUGUAGUAGGCCAAAACUAGUCAAAGGUGCAUAACGUGGGUGGCUGCAGAUACUAGAAGAGAACGAAGACUACCGUGGACAGAGUCCUAGGCAGGUGAGGUCCAGUCGUCCAGGGAGGGAGCAAUGGGUUUCGGCGUGGUGUCCCUGCUCGACGCGGUGUUCCGGCGGAUGUUCACCUCGGCCGGCCUCCGCCAAGGCUCCGCCACCGUGGACGCCGCCGCCGACACCACCAUCCACUACUGGGCCCACCCGUCCCUCCUCCAGCCACCGCCCUCCGACUCCGACUCCUACCAGCGGCCGCCGCCGGUGGUGGUGCUGAUCCACGGCUUCGGACCGGACCCGACGUGGCAGUGGGCGGCGCAGGCGGGACCCUUGUCGCGGCACUUCCACCUGGUGGUGCCGACGCUGCUCUUCUUCGGCGCGUCCACCACGCGCGCGCCCGCGCGGUCCGACGCCUUCCAGGCCGCCGCGCUCGCCGCGCUCCUCUCGGGCCAGCACCUCCCGGGCCUCGGCGGCGGCCGGACCGUGCACGUGGUGGGCACCAGCUACGGCGGCCUCGUGGCGUACCACCUCGCCCGGGAGCUGGAGCAGCAGCAGCAGCGGCAGCAUGGUGGCGGCGGCGGCGGCGUCCGCGUCGGCAAGGUGGCGCUGUGCGACUCGGACGCGUGCAAGGGCGCCGACGACGACCGCGCGCUGGCGGCGAGGAGCGGCGUGGCGGAGGUGGUGGAGCUGCUGGCGCCCGCCGAUACCCGGGCGCUGCGCCGGCUCAUGGCGGUCUGCGCCCACCGCCCGAUCAAGUACGUCCCCGAGUGCCUCCUCCGCGACAUGCUCCGGAAAUACUUCGCGGACAAGAGGGAGGAGAAGAUAGCGCUCAUCAAAGGGAUCACCACCGGAGAAGGCUUCGACCUUGCUCCGCUGCCUCAGGAGGUGCUCAUCGUCUGGGGAGAGUUCGACCAGAUCUUCCCAGUGGACAAAGCACACAAGGUGAAAGAGAAGCUCGGGGAGAAGGCGACGGUGAAGGUGAUCCCCAAGACAGGGCACCUGCCGCAGCAAGAAGACCCCAAGCUCUUCAACCAAAUCCUCCUUGACUUCCUGCUGCACCCUUCUGCUUUUGCAUCCAACGGCAGCGCCGCCGCCAAAUAGCUCGGCUUCUUCUUGGUUAUCCAUUAUAUAUCCUGCCGCGCGUGUUUUCGGCGUUCUUCUUUGUUGUUGAUGAUGAGUAGUCCGGGUCAGUGGAGCUUGUGGAGUGGAGUGGAGAUGUGGCCUUUUAUUUCAUUUCUCUUUUUGGCUUCUCCAAAUGGUUCCAAAUGGAAAAAGUCUACAUCACUCCCUGAACUAUGGGGUGGUGUCUACUUUACCACACGAAUUAUGAAACAGUCUAAUUUACCCCCUGAACUAUCCAAAACCGUUCAAA